GACCAAAACAGUGCAAUUGCUCUUGUUGUUCUCCGGUGGCCUUGGUGUUCAUCACCGGUUUGUCAUGGACACGGUUAAGACGGCAAGUGUUCGUGCCUAUGUGGACAGUGCCUGGUUGAAUCCAGGGAUCACCACGGAUGAAUUGCGAUAUGAGAAACAGCAGUUGACUGAUGCGCGGCGCAAACGCUGUACGUUGGGUUUCAAGGAACGAAUGGAGGCAGAUGCUGAGUGCAAGCAAGCCUACCAACAGGUGAUGGACAUGCGAAAAAACGAGCUCCAAAGGAAAGCGCUCGACCAGAUGGUGGCCAACAUGCGCCCCGCACCGGAGUUGAGGGCGCCUAAGGUGAUUUGCCACAACCCGCGUGGGGCAAAGUGACGGAAGAGGAGUGAACAGCCAGAUGCGUGUGAUGCUCAGACCAUUCU